AACAGGGGAGCAAUACAAGUAAAGCGCGUUUUCCUUUUGGAGGAAGUGAACUUCCCUUCUCAGAAGCAUCACUUCCGGGGGAUACGAGGUGGCCUCUGACCCCGUGACUCUGGCCUCUUUCUUUCCGGUGCUGGUUGCUGCCUGCCGAGACGCUCGAAAAUGGCACCUCGUAAGGGUAAGGAAAAGAAGGAAGAACAGGUCAUCAGCUUGGGACCACAAGUUGCUGAAGGAGAGAAUGUGUUUGGAGUUUGCCACAUCUUUGCUUCCUUCAAUGACACUUUUGUCCAUGUAACUGACCUGUCUGGCAAGGAAACAAUCUGCCGAGUAACUGGUGGCAUGAAAGUGAAGGCUGACAGGGAUGAAUCUUCUCCUUAUGCUGCUAUGCUGGCUGCCCAGGAUGUGGCCCAGAGAUGCAAGGAGCUGGGAAUCACUGCCCUUCACAUCAAGUUGCGGGCUACAGGAGGAAACAGAACAAAGACUCCAGGACCUGGAGCCCAGUCAGCCCUUAGAGCUCUGGCUCGAUCUGGCAUGAAGAUUGGGCGCAUUGAGGAUGUCACCCCCAUCCCCUCCGACAGCACCCGCAGAAAGGGCGGUCGCCGUGGUCGUCGUCUGUAAACAAUAGCUGUUAUCUUUCAUCAUUAAAACUUUCCAAUAAACCUC